AUGUCGACGACGACCAAGUCCCCCAUCGCGCUGGCCGCGCAGCCGUACAUCUGCGGCGGCUCGGCGGCCGUGUUCGCCGCCGUGGCCAUCCACCCCAUCGACCUGGUCAAGGUGCACCUGCAGCUGGCCGGCCAGACGGGCUCCAACGUCACGGGCCUGGGCGUGGCCCGCUCCGUCGUGGCCAAGGAGGGCAUCUCCGGCCUGUACGCGGGCCUCUCGGCCGCCGUGGCGCGUCAGAUGGUCUACGGCACGGCCCGCCUCGGCAUGCACCGCGCCUUCUCCGACAAGAUGAUCGCGCGCCGCGUCGCCAACGGCGAGAGCGCGUCGCUGCCCCUGGCCGUCAAGUCGGCGUCGGCCAUCGUCACGGGCGGCAUCGCCGCCACGCUCGGCUGCCCCAUGGACGUGGCCCUCGUGCGCAUGCAGGCCGACACACUGGCCAAGGCCGGCGAGAAGCGCGGCUACAAGAACGUGUUCGACGCCAUCUUUAAGAUCGCCGGCUCGGAGGGCGUCACCACGCUCUGGCGCGGCAGCAUCCCGCUCGUGGCCCGCGGCGCCGCCAUGAACCUCGGCAUGAUGGCCUCGUACGACCAGGCCAAGGAGAUGAUCGCGGCCCAGUACGGCCACGGCUUCGCCACCAACAUGGGCGCCAGCGCCGUGUCGGGCUUCGCCUGUGCCUUCACUUCGCUGCCCUUCGACCUUGUCAAGUCGCGACUUAUGAACAUGAAGGUGGACCCGGUCACGGGCAAGAACCCGUACUCGGGCGUGACUGACUGCUUCAAGCAAAUCGUGACCAAGGAGGGCCCCUCCAAGCUUUGGCGCGGCUACUGGACCUACUACACGCGCUGCGCGCCCAACGCUAUGAUCGUGCUUCUCGUUGUGGAGCAGCUCAACUCGGCCUACAAGAAGGCCUUCCUCGACUAGAUUGUUGCUUAGAAGUCUUCCGAGCCUUUCAAGUCCAUGAUGCAGCGCUGCAUCGCCACCUCCGACGCGCGGAACGGAACGCCCAGCGCCUAUAGAUUUUUUGGACGGCACACCUUUCGUUCGGCGGCGAGGCUCGAGUGCAGUUUUGCAGCGGCCAGAUGAUCUUCCCCUGGAAAUGGCUCCGUCAACGCAUGGAGCAGCCCGAGCCAGCUAGCGUUCGCAUCCUGGACAGCAGCGCAGCGCGUAUGAGAAGCGAAUGCGCGGGUUAUUAAAUAACAUGUUAUUGCAUCUUCCACCCC